CGCUUUCGCAGGGCCUUCCCCGCGGUCCGUGCGCGCAGGCGGCGGCGAGCCGUCUCGGACGCAGCAUGCAGGCGCGCUACUCCGUGUCCGACCCCAACGCCUUGGGAGUGGUGCCCUACUUGAGCGAGCAAAACUACUACCGGGCGGCGGGCAGCUACGGCGGCAUGGCCAGCCCCAUGGGCGUCUACUCCGGCCACCCGGAGCAGUACGGCGCGGGCAUGGGCCGCUCCUACGCGCCCUACCACCACCACCAGCCCGCGGCGCCCAAGGACCUCGUCAAGCCGCCCUACAGCUACAUCGCGCUCAUCACCAUGGCCAUCCAGAACGCGCCCGAGAAGAAAAUCACCCUGAACGGCAUCUACCAGUUCAUCAUGGACCGCUUCCCCUUCUACCGCGAGAACAAGCAGGGCUGGCAGAACAGCAUCCGCCACAACCUGUCGCUCAACGAGUGCUUCGUCAAGGUGCCCCGCGACGACAAGAAGCCGGGCAAGGGCAGCUACUGGACGCUGGACCCGGACUCCUACAACAUGUUCGAGAACGGCAGCUUCCUGCGGCGCCGCCGGCGCUUCAAGAAAAAGGACGUGCCCAAGGACAAGGAGGAGCGGGCCCACCUCAAGGAGCCGCCCCCGGCCGCGGCCAAGGGCGCCCCGGCCGGGCCCCCUCUAGCGGACGCCCCCAAGGACGUCGAGAAGAAGCUGGUGAUCAAGACCGAGGCGGCGUCGCCGGCGCUGCCGGCCAUCACCAAGGUGGAGACGCUGAGCCCCGAGAGCGCGCUGCAGGGCAGUCCGCGCAGCGCGGCCUCCACGCCCGCCGGCUCCCCCGACGGCUCGCUGCCCGAGCACCACGCCGGCGCGCCCAACGGGCUGCCCGGCUUCAGCGUGGAGAACAUCAUGACGCUGCGAACGUCGCCGCCGGGCGGCGAGCUGAGCCCCGCGUCCGGGCGCGCGGGCCUGGUGGUGCCGCCGCUGGCGCUGUCGUACGCGGCCGCGCCGCCCGCCGCCUACGGCCAGCCGUGCGCGCAGGGCCUGGAGGCCGGGGGCGCGGGGGGCUACCAGUGCAGCAUGCGCGCCAUGAGCCUGUACACCGGGGCCGAGCGGCCCGCGCACAUGUGCGUCCCGCCCGCGCUGGACGAGGCCCUCUCGGACCACCCGGGCGGCCCCACGUCGCCCCUGAGCGCCCUCAACCUCGCCGCAGGCCAGGAGGGCGCGCUCGCCGCCGCCGCCGCGGGCCACCACCACCAGCAUCACGGCCACCACCACCCGCAGGCGCCGCCGCCCCCGCCGGCGCCCCAGCCCCAGCCGGCGCCCCAGCCCGGGGGCGCGGCCGCCGCCGCCGCCGCCGCCGCCGCCGCCGCGGCCCAGGCGGCCUCCUGGUAUCUCAACCACAGCGGGGACCUGAACCACCUCCCGGGCCACACGUUCGCGGCCCAGCAGCAGACUUUUCCCAACGUCCGGGAGAUGUUCAACUCCCACCGGCUGGGGGUGGAGAACGCGGCGCUCGGGGAACCGCAGGUCGGCACCAACGCGAGCUGUCAGCUGCCCUACCGAUCCACGCCGGCGCUCUACCGCCACGCCGCCCCCUAUUCCUACGACUGCACGAAAUACUGACCUGCCUGGCCCGCUCCGGCUGCGCCUCCCACACCCGGGCCUCUCGGGCGGUCCAGGCUGCAGAGGCGCAGAAAGAACCAAAAAAUAUGCCCACCAGCUUUUUUUUUCUCAGACUCAGGAGCAGAGAGAGCUCGCGCCCGGCCUCAGUCCUCUGUGAAGCUUCAGGUAACUUUAAUUCGCUGCCCCGGUUCCGAGGUCCUAAAAGAACCCCCCCCCCCCAACAAGGGACGCGGCCGGGCGAAAUGAAUAUUGAGUUUUAAGCCCCCCUCCCCUCCUUCCAGGAUGGUUGUGCUGAAUGCUGCAGCUGGGGUUUAAAAAAAAAUUAAGUUACGGACCAAAUCCCAGAGCGACCCGGUAAUGACUCUCUCUGUAGAGACCCCCAUAGGUCUAUGGGGGGGGGGGGUCUCUAUAGAUCACGUCUGUGCUGUGUGUAAUUUUAAAUUUCUCUAACCGUGCUGUACAAAUGUGUGCAUUUGUAAUCAGGCUAUUUUGUUGUUGUUGUUCAGAGCCAUUAAUAUAAUAUUUAAAGUUGAGUUCACUGGAUAAGUUUUCAUCUUGCCCAACCAUUUCUAACUCCCAAAAGGAAAAUUUAAGAAACCUACGUGGGUUUUGUUUUUUUUUUUUUACUGCCCUGUACACUUAUGAGGCAUAAUUCUUUUCCCGGUGGUAGGUCUUUUACAAAACAAGGAAAUAAUUUAUUUUGUUGUUGUUGUUGGCGGAUAAAGAAGUCAAGUAUCUGAUACUUUUUAUUUACAGAGUGUGAUGGUUUUGUAUAGUAGAUUCCUCCCUGAGCAUUCCUAAAAGAAAAAAAAAACUUUAAAAAUUUAACUUCACCUGUGUUUGUCUUAUGUGGUCUUAAUUGUUGUACUUACCUUAAAAUAAACCCAUGUUGUUUUUCUGCCCCAAGUGCGGACAGUGUGUUUGUGUUCUCGCAGUUUUUAAAAACAAGGUGUUUUGCAAAUCCACCUGUUUUGAUUAUAUUUGUUACGCAGGUGGGUGAACGCAUAGACGUAUACAGAUGCCCGCAGGGGACUGGGGACGCUCCCCUGUUGUCUUGUUAGUGACGGAAAGGACUUUUCAUGAACUCAGAUCCCACCCUGGCCUAGGCAGUUGAGAAACGUCCCGGUUGGACGUGGAUGCCUGAAGGACUGGGCGCCUUCACGUUAUUCGCUGUAAACGUUUUGCUAAAUGCAAAAAAAAAAAAAAAUUGCCAAUUGUCAACACAAAUAGUACCACCAUUCCAUCUCAAAUCCAGCGAUCCCCAGCUGCGGAAGCAAAAGACAGGGAGGACCCAAGUUUUUCAUUAGUUAACUACGAACCUGGGGGGAGUCCUGCUUUCCCUCCGAUUCCUAAAAUGCAGACUUCCUUCCCCAUCGUAAUGGCUUUCCAGAAAAGAACGUGCAGUGGGCCGGAGAGGGUCCAAAGGGGAUUGAUUGUGAUGGUGGUUAGCUCAGAGGUGGAUUUCAGACCCCUUUACGUCUUGAUAUGGUCUCUUAAUCUUUACCCUACUGCAGUGAAAAACUGUAGAGGCUCUUCGGCCUUCGAAUGUAACUUACAAUGCUUUUGGAGUUCUAAAUUUACCAACUCUUUCAGGACUGUAAAUCACAGGGAGAUGAUUGCCUUUUCAGUUUUGAUAUCUUGUCUUUAAAAAUUUUUUAAUAGCAAUGAAACCAUUUGUGGGGUGUGGCUGGGGCGGAGGGUGGGAGGGGGGUGAGGGGA